AUGUCUGGAGAUUGGUGUACAAUAGAAAGUGACCCUGGUGUUUUUACGGAGUUGGUGGAAAGGUACGGUGUAAAGGGAGUACAAUUUGCAGAGAUAUAUGACUAUAGCGAAAGUGGGAUGGACUUAAUAAUUAGUGAGUAUGGUAAUGUUUAUGGGAUCAUUUUCCUUUUUAAAUUUACAGAAAAGUUUAAAGGAAAUCAUUUUUCUCAGCCAACUGAAGCCCCUCCGGAGAUGUUUUAUGCAAAUCAGGUCAUAAAUAAUGCAUGCGCAACUCAAGCAAUACUUUCAAUCAUAUUAAAUAGGUUGGACAUUGACAUUGGAUCUCAUCUUCAAGAGUUUAAGAAGUUCUCAAGUAGUUUUGAUCCGAUGACAAAAGGACUUGUAAUUGGUAAUAGUGAAGUAUUGAGGACUGCUCACAAUUCUUUUAGACCGAUUUCUUCUUUGGAGGUUUCUGACCCAGAACCUAAUGAUUCAAAAGGAGAUGCAUUUCAUUAUAUUUGUUAUAUUCCAUUUGGAAGAAAUGUAUAUGAGCUUGAUGGACUUGCUACAGGUGUUGUGAAUUUGGGAAGCCCCAAAAAUGUUGACUCCGAAAAUCUGUCAUUAGACAAUGAAAUAUCAGCUUUAUAUGAUAAACCAAAUCUUUGGAUAUCCAGGGUAAUGGAAGAGGUAAAAAGAAGGAUAGAGCUACAAAAUGAGGAUUCUUCUAAGGAUGAAAUAAGAUUUAGUUUGUUGGCAGUUGUUCCGGAUAAAAUUUCUGUUAUUGAAAAGAAAAUUAAAUCUCUUAAGAUAUCUAGGCAAGCACAUGUUGCGAAGCUUCUAAGUUUAGGAGGAGAUUUAAAUGAUGAUUUACAGAAUUUUUCUGAAGAAGAAAUUGAGCCUGAUGAAUUUGAAUCUUUGUUAUCUUCUAUUCCAAAUAAUAUUGUCUUAAUACAAGCAGAAAUUACUCGAAUUAACCAAGAAAUAUCUGAAGGUCUCUUAAUUAUUCAGAACGAGAAUUAUACUCGUGAAAUUUGGAAGAAAGAAAAUGAGAGAAGAAGACAUGAUUUUCUUCCUUUCGUUCUUACUCUAUUGAAACAUGCAUCAAAAAAAGGUUUAUUAAUGAAGAAACUGUCUCAAUUGCAGUGA